AACCCGAAACGUAAUGCCCAAGCAACGCGACUCCAUUACACACCCUUUAAAUUGAGCUCACAAAGCACAAAGCCGUACUAUCACGCUCUUGAGAGACAUGGAUGGAGUGAAGUUGCAUGGAUUUUGGGCGAGUCCGUUCAGCAGCAAAGUCAUUUGGGCAUUGAAGCUCAAGGGCAUACCAUUUGAUUACAUUGAGGAAGACCUCUCCAACAAAAGCGCCUUGCUUUUGCAAUACAACCCAGUUCACAAGAAGAUUCCUGUGCUUGUCCAUGGCUCGCGACCUGUUUGCGAGUCCAUGGUCAUCAUCGAGUACCUUGAGGAAACGUGGCCGCAAUACCCGCUGUUGCCCAUUGAUCCUCACGAGCGAGCCGUGGUGCGUUUCUGGGUCAAAUUCAUCGAGGAAAAGAGUCCUAAUAUUUGGAUCGUGUAUCGGAGCGUUGGCGAAGAGCAAGAGAAGGCCGUGAGAGACAGCGUGGAGAUGCUGUCGAUCCUAGAGCAACAUGGUCCGAACAGGGGAAAGAAAUUCUUUGGAGGAGACGGCAUCAACAUUGUGGACAUUGCAUUUGGUGGGGUGGCACUUUGGGUGGGAGCCAUAGAAGAGGUAUCAGGACGCAAGCUGUUCGACGCCGGGAAGUUCCCUCGCUUGAACGCUUGGAAGGCCAACUUCGAGAGCUCGCCCAUGAUCGCCGAGAACUUGCCUGAUCAGGAGAAGUUGCGUGACCACCUCGCCCGCAUAAAAGAGAAAAGGUUGUCAUCAUCCACAUGCAAGUGAUGCGCGGCCUUCGCGUCUUUAUUAGUAUGAUUGAUGUUAUAAUCGUGGGUACUAUAUAAAAGUACUGAUAAUAAGAAUUGAAGUGCAGUACGUACUUUGGUCGGAAGCUUCAAGAUGAAGCUUACUAAUUAGUAUAUGCAAUAAAGUUAAAUGAAUUUGCAGGCCUUGGAAUAUUGUCUCCUGAGGCGUGUAUUGUCUUAGUUUCAUAACGUCAUAAAUCUAAAAUUCUUCAUGGUCAUGGAAAUAUGACACUAUACGGGGAGAAUCAAUGCGUCAAUAUUUUGUGCUA